UUUUAUGCCGGUCAGAACUACUUAGCCAUUAACCUUCCCCCAAACCAUGAUUCAUUCCCAUCGUGUGGGGGGUUUCCAACGAAAAUUUAGCGUCCUCUGCCGGUAGCGCGCGAGCAUGCUGGGGAAGCAAAUGAAACCGGUUUCAUCUUGCGUGCUGAACUGCGCAACGGUGCAAGUGUGAUUGUAUGUUUCAAUUUACUUCCCACAGCCGUGGAGGAUGGUCGCAAUAAUGGCGCAGUCGUCAGUAGUACUGCUCUGGAAGAUAAUCGUGUUGGCGCUGAUUGUUGGGCGAGCCUGCGGAGUCCUGUUGUCAAUCAACUCCAAAUUAGCGGAAGACAUGGCCACGGCGUUUCUGCCCAACGAGCGUGAAUCUAUUGAUGAUUGUCAUCUCCGAUACUACAAAUUCGGACAAGGUCCGGAACCGUUGCCUGCCUUCGGGAGGCCAGCAUACUUGCGCGAGUUCGCACACAUGGCCGCCGUCGGCUGGACGCGGGACGGUGGCAAAGUCGACUGGAGCUGUGGUGGAUCGCUGAUCUGGGAAAAUUAUGUGCUAACGGCGGCCCACUGCGCAGCAGACGAUAAUACGGUCGAACCCGAUGUGGUUCGCCUUGGUGAUAUUAAUCUGUACGACGAUUCCGAUGACGAGUACGCGCAGCAGCUUAAGAUUGUCGAAAUUAUACGUCAUCCGGAGCAUCGAUUCAGCUCGCGGUAUCAUGAUCUGGCGCUGUUACGACUGGAGAGGAACGUGAAACUGCACGACACAGUGGCUCCGGGAUGUCUGUGGAACGACGAGGAGAUACCGUUCCCAUCGAUGGAAGCAACCGGCUGGGGCUCAACAGGGUUCGGUCAAGCGAACACUCCCAUACUGCUGAAGGUAUCGCUGAGCGUCGUGCAGAAGGCGGCGUGCGACCAGCACUAUCGGAUAGGUGAUCGUGGGCUGAAGCAGGGCCUGCAGGACUAUCAUCUGUGUGCGGGUGACAUUAAGAUGGACACCUGUCCGGGAGAUUCCGGUGGACCACUGCAGAUAAAGUUGCUUUCCAACGCAAAGAUGACACCGUUCAUCGUGGCGGUUACCUCCUUCGGUAGCAUCUGCGGACAAUCGUUACCGGGCGUGUACAUGAAGGUGUCACCGUACAUACCCUGGAUACGGUCGGAGCUGGCGAAACGAGGCGAGCAGAUACAGGAAUGGAGCUUCAAGCCUUAUGCCUGUGCCUUAAGAUAUGUACAUCUGCGCGAGUACGAGGAUGACGUCGUGCAGUCGAAAUCGGAAAGUUUUGAGUCGCUAGAUUCCAGUAAGGCCCACAUGAACAUCAUCUCCUCGGUACAGACGGUCAAAAUCCAUUGGCCAGCGGGUACGAAGGGUCCGGACGACUGUUACGGUGUUAUCAUCGACGAGGAUACCGUUGUAACGCUUGCCCAGUGUGCCGUUUUUCAAAGGAUGACUGCGUCACAUAUAAUCGAUUCGAACAAUACGCGCAACAGCGUGGUAAAAGCGCACCGCCAUCCCCAGUACAGGCCGAACUCGUACUACAACAAUUUGGCCAUUCUAAAGGUGAAGGAUAGGUUCCGGUUUUCAUCCCGGUUCGUUCCUGCCUGCAUAUGGAGCAACAGAACACUUCCCGAUCCUCGAUUCUACGUUACCGGGCAGGGUCGGCUGGAUUUGAACCAGUUUAGCUACGCAACUGAAAUGCUCAAGGAGUACAAACCACAGAUCGUGCAGCUAUCGCCGCGGGCCGACAUUCACCUGCAGUCGAACUGUAGCGUCCCGGAGGAAUAUCUCUCGCGGCUCGGGAACGGUCUCGCACCGGAACAUCUGUGCUUCGGUAGCAAACCGUUCCUGGUGCCGGAAUCCUGCCAGCUGCUGCUCGGUGCACCGCUCAGGCGCAACAUUUGGCGCUAUGGACUGCACUUUGAGCACAUCUACGCGCUCAAUCUGUUCGGCAAGGAUUGUGGCUUUGGCCGUUCGGCUGUAGCGACCCGACUGGGAUUGCAUCUCGAGUGGAUGAAGUCGGUGCUGCUGCCCAACUAUAAAGCGUCCGACGAUGCGGUACAUUUCAUAAACUCAGAUCUGCACGAACGUGACCGGUGUACGGCUCCGGACGGGAGCGACGGACUCUGCACGAAUAUCCAGCGCUGUCCGAAGGUGGCGUACGAUGCUCAGGUAAACCGGAACGUGCGGCUUUGUAAGGAUGGCUCGCUGGUGUGUUGUCCGUAUGAGUACAUCAGCAACGGUACGCGUGUCAGUGCAGCCGCUGCGGAGCUGGAUGACUGCGAGACCCGCUACCGGAUGUUCCACGAGCAGUUUGAAUACUGGCAAAUGAAUAGAAUCGAUCGUUACUAUCACUCGGUUUUCAUCGGAUGGGAGCAGAAUGGACAAACCGAGUGGGAAUGCUCCGGAACCCUCAUUACGCGCAGCUUGGUGGUUGCGUCCGCGUACUGUCUGACGGGUUCAGGAGCUCCGCCGACGGUUGUCAACGUUGGUGCGGGUAAUAUGAACGCCACCUGGUACAAUCCGAAGGUCGUCCGCAUCCGGGAAGUGAUCGUCCAUCCCAACUACGACUCUACAACGCUACUGCACGACAUUGGACUGUUGCGAUUGGACGGGGCCAUUGUUCCGACGGCUCGCAAGUAUCCGAUCUGCCUGUGGCAAAACGAAACCCACACACCGUUCUUCCUCUACAGUAUGGCUAUAGCCAACGAUGAAGCCCAGUUCAUAUCGAGCUAUCCGAAGUACAACCGCGACUGUCAGGAGUAUCUGGGCGAGCAGGGACCGCGCCAAUUGCGUUCGACCGAGCUGUGCACGGACGUUAUGGAGUACGAUCCACGCGCGCUGAGCGGAGAUCCACUGAUCUGGUACAAGCGUAACACGGCCGAUAACUCCUCGACGCAGUAUUUGGUCGGGAUAGUAAGCUACGGUCGCUCGCCGGAUCAGCUGAUCGUGCACACGCGCAUAGCCUCGUACGUAGCAUGGAUUAAGAGUGUUGUAUAGGUGAGGCUGAUGCUGAAUAAUAAAACAUGGACAUGCUGAGCAACUUGCGUUAACUUCACAAUUUGCUGCGAUCUUUGGAAUAAACGUCCGGUGAGAUCACUAUUUACA